AUGUAUAAAAAUGGUUUUGCAGAAGCAAGGGAAAAUGCCGUAUCUGGGGAAGGCGAAGACUACUUCCACUCUUUGUUUGGUGAUUCAGUGAAACUUGGUGCACAUUCAAGCCACACGGAGAAAAUUGAGAAGGACUUUUCCAUAAUUUUUGAUGAAGUGGGUCACUUUAGAUCCAGUGCUAUCUGGCAUAUUAAAAUAGUUGAUGUGAACACCAAGGGUUUAUUUGUGAAGUUCAUUAAUUCCACUCAUGAUAAAGAAUUGGAUAUUGGAGAUCAUAUCCUCCAGCAGAAGGUGAAUGGCCAGACCGUUUCUUUGUAUAGAUUUCUUCCAAAUGUUAUAGUACAGGCCAAUUCCACAGUAACGGUGUGGGCAGCAGCGUCUGAAGCAACACAUCAGCCUCCCUCAGAUUUUCUUUGGAAGGAGCAAAAUAAGUUUGUAACAAGCCCGAAUUGCACAACAAUUCUCAGCAAACCUAAUGGUGAAGCUAUUGCCUGGUACACUCCUAUUCACUGGAAGCAAAGAUGGGAGAAAAUAGAGACUGACAUUGAAUUUGAUAGUCACUCUGUGGUAGCUACACUUCAAAAGAACGUGUUCCAGUUGCCGACAGCUACAACCACAGCUCCCAAAGGAAGACAAGAUCAAGAAGAGACAUUACUACAUCAUGUGGGACAAGUUCAAGUCCUUAUCAAAAGAGAAAAAGAAAUCCCACCAACUCUUUUUCCUACUCGCAGCCCUUGGAGUAAUAGUCCUGACACCUCUGGGCAUCCGUACGGUGCUCUGACUGAACUGCCCAGUAGGUACAACACGAUGAGACAAUGGGCUGGAAAGUCCAGGCCUGAUCCAGAUCUAGAGGCAUGUGUAAAGAACUGGAAAGAAUUUGUGACUAUUUUUGCAAAAUAUCACAGGAUUGAAAAAGCUUGCCUAAGAGAAAAUGCUUGCCUAUCUGAAGAGGAAGAUGCCAGAGAAAGGCAGCUAGAUAUUGGACCUCUGGCUACAGGGGUAGCUGGUAGAGGAAUUACAAAAAACAAAGACCUUUUACACAGUCUCUACUUUUGGCAGAAGUAG